UGGAGGAUGACUUAUUUGGUGGGCUUUUUGACGAACGGAUACACGCCAGUGUGCGAUGCAGGUCCUCCUGUUGCUAAUUCUAGCCGCUGUAGGACCAUGUCUUGUGUCCGCAGCACCUGUAGGUGACCAGGAUGAACCAAAAUCAACGUUUGUGGAAGAUGAAUUCGGCAACUACCAGAUGAGCUACGACUGGAGCAACGAGGAGGGCGGAGCGUUCCAACGUGAAGUUGGAGACGUUACGGGGAAGAAGGUUGGCGCUUACGGACUGAGGUACGGCGACGGCACGGUGCGUGUCGUCAGUUACAUUGCAGACGAAGAAGGAUUUCGAGCCAGCAUCUACACCAACGAGCCUGGCACGGUCCCGUCUUCCCCGGCGCACGCUAUCUUUUUGACACCAGCUCAACGCGACCACUCAGUCUCUACCGCCACAUCGUAUUCCGCCGCUGCUUUCCCCACCUUUCCCGAUGUUCCAGCAGCGUUUUAUGCAGCUGCAGGAUUUGAGUCUCAGAGGAUUCGAUCGAAAUCGAGCUAGUUCGCCUGCAACGUAUAUGUAGCCAAUCCUUUUGGUGACUUCAGAUGCUAUCCGCGAUAAAAUUUUCACGAUGUG